UGACAAAGCACCAUUUACCUGGAACACAGUUUUAAGUGCAAGUUGGUUGCAAGUGUCUGGCAUUGCAACCUCUUGUUCAUUCUGUAAUGGCAGGGAAGUACAUGUAUUUUUCUUGCAAAGAUUGACAAUUUACUUGGGGUGAUCCCAACUAUAUGUAUGGAUCAGUUCUGAUUCAAUUGAGAUGGGAAUACCCUGGCUUAAUACUCGAGCAUUAUGAACUCUGAAGUCUAAAGAAAAGUGAAAACUAAUUCAGGGUGAUCCCGGGCUAAAGACAGUAUAGUGAACACUCACCUUACCAAUUUACGGGGUAUUCAGAGUUUGUUUUGCUCACUGCCAAGGAUAAAGAGUGGUUCCUGUUACCUGCAGUGAGGCAUAAUAAGAUCCCAAAUAGAGUCUCAACAUGCAAGUGUUGGAACUUGAUAUACAUUUUAAGCCUAUUCCUGGACAGCUUAAGCUUUUGAGGUAACUGGUUACAUAACAGUACAAUUUACUGUUGUAGAUUAAUAAGCUUUUCUAGUCAAAAUUAACUUGUGAGUACCUAAAGUAACAAGGCAUUGGAAUCGUGGAGGGUUUCUGUCUCAUUUCAUUAGUGAAAUAAAGCUUCAAAGAGUUGCUAUUUAUGAGCGAGUAUUAAGAGAGUUCCAAUGUAAGGCUGGUUUAAAGAUUUCAGUUAUUUGCUUUCAUGAUGUCCUACUUUAACGGGCAUGACUCCUUUUGGAUUGUGAUUGCAGUGUUGACAAGCAAUGCAACUUUUCCAGACAAGAUACCAUCGUCUAGCUCUUCUUUGUUUGAUCAGCAAUCAACUGACGCAUCUUCCUCUGGGAAUUCACGUAGAUUUACUUCACUUCGGCAACUCUCCAACAAUUUUGCCCAGUUUAAUAAUUUGCAAGGCCCACUUCGUUCAAGGAAGACAGUGACUAGAAAGGAUGCUGCAGUUAUUAAUGAAUGGAGGUUUCUAAAGUUGAAAGAGCACAAGGAGGGAAAAAUUGAAGUGGAAAAUGAAGCUUUUGAUCGGUACAUGCAGAACGUUAGUUUACUCGAUGAGGUGCUUACUGUGGAUUCUACACCUGAAGGGUCCACCAAUAAUUGGCCCCCCAGGAGUGAAAAUGUUACAAAGAGAGUGCAAGACAUUGUCAAUCAGGGACUAAGGAAGCUUCAGAAAAUCGAGUUAGGUAAUGGUGACAAUGAUUCCAGUAAGCAAGUUGAACUUGUCGAAUGCAAAAAAAGGGAAAAUCUUGGCGGGCUGAGAGGGUUUCGGCUUUAAGUGAUCUUCAUGAUAAGUUGAAUAAAGCUCAGAAUGAGGAAGAUCUGAAAUAUUGCUUGGAGAUGAAACCCGAACUCUUUAAUCAUCAUCAAAGGACAAGUCAAAUGGAAACCGAAGAAGUUAUUGAGAUAUCUAAACAGGAGACUGCGAACAAUGAAUUUUCACCUGGACUACAAUCAGAUUAUUCUAUACCCAAAUGGUUUUGCACAGCUAAUGUUGAUCAAGAUGCUCUCGAUCUCAUUGAUGUGCGUUUUUCUUCGCUUGAGGAGAUAGAAGCUCUGUAAUUUGGAGUGUUUGGAGAAUGAUAAAUUGCCAAAUUGCCUAGUUUUUGUGAAUCAAAGUCAAUUAGAGAGUUUUAUAAAGGUAA